AGCAAAUAGAAUAUCUAUAUUAUUAAUUCACAAGCAGGGCAACUGGUAAGACGGUCCCGAGUUCAUCAACAAGAGUUUUUUUCGGCACCUUGGUUGUGUCGGGUACAGCAAGCCAACUGAUUUGGAUCAAAUACGGGUUACCAGUCAAGAUAUCAGAUUUCAGUAUGGGAAACCAAUCAUCUGUUGACAAGAAUGGGGAAGAUGGUUUUGGGGAGGGAAUCGAGGGAAUAGAUUGUCGAUUUGGUAUACGGUCUGAGGCGGAAGUGUUCAAGUCGGAGCUAGUCUACCCUGAUCCCCCAACUCCCGAGCGUACAUCUUCGAUACGGCCAAAUACUGGGCAUCCCCAAAAACCGCUGUCACUCGGUACGAGUACACCGGGUCUACACUCGCCAUCCAGUCCCGAUGUCCCCAAAUUCGUUGCACCUUUCCAGUUUUCCACCUCUGGCACACCCGCUUUGCAAACUUUUCCGUCCGCCCCCUUCACGUUUGACCUACCACCUCAAGCACGAUGGCUCCAGCCGCCAUGUCAUCUCGUAAAUCAUCCACCCGCACUGUCGCAAUCACCCAAAGACCGGUCCCGAUCUCCGACAAUGCUUCCGUCACAUCAACACACUUGUUCGACAAUCGAACCCACCACGUUGGCGAUUGUAGAAAAGGAUGCGUUGCAAGGAAAACCAAACUUGUUUGCGAUGCUCAAAGAACAGCAUGCCAAACAGGGGAUAUUUGAUCCCGCGUAUAGCUCGUUUCCAUGUCGAUUUAUGCAUACGGCGAAUACCAUGGAGGGAUCCCAUCAGAUUAGUCGGUAUGCGCAAUCGGAUGCUUUUGUUGGGAUGGAGCAAGCAAAGGUGAUGAUGACCUCGUGGACUGAGGUGCCCAGAACAGAAACAUUUACACUUGGAAAUGGGAUUGUGCUCACGGGAGGGGCUAAAUAUCAGCGCAUACAGGGCGCAUUCGGUACAGCUGUCAAAGUCGAAGGAAUUAUCCUGGCUGGUCUUGUUCCCCGUGUGCAAAAUGCAACACCUUGGGAUUGGGCAGAAUCCAACAGUCCAGUGACGGACCUCUCACCCGCCGCAGAAGACGUUAGCAAUAAAUGGACCCAAGCUGCUCCAUCGUGCUUUACAAACGGGUCCGCACUGGAUGCACCCAAAUGCUACGUUGGAUUUGUUGCAGUUAAUGUUCUGCCUUCGACCGCCGAUAAACCGUUCGUGUUGCAUCAUUUUGAGAAUGGGACGAGGAUUGGGCAUCAUUUGCAGUUGCUUGAGGGGGCGCAUUUGGACAGCCAGAUGGUCAUUCAUGGGCCUUUUAUUUUUAAGGGAAUCAGACUAGGUGCCAAUGCCAUCAUUCACGCCGACGGAGUGUUUGCAAAACUACAUCAUGCAAAACCUGGGACGGCUGUCACAGAGACGACUGGCAAGUUUGACCCGACACGAGCAGAAAUCUUUUACAAGCAUUUGGAGGCCAUCAAAGCAGCCCAAGCACGAAAAGAAAGCGGCGAUUCCACUAAAGAAAAGAAGGAAUCCAAAAAAGAGGAAAAGGAAGAAGAUGCUAAAACACCCGCACCACAACGAAAGCAGAUAUACGUUGAAAUCUGUAUUGACAGAAUGCUCAAUCCCAAACUCUUUCGUUCCUCCGAACCGUUUAAACACCCUGCUCUCCUCGACCGUCCCAACACUGUCCGUACAGCCGCAAACACCGUCAUGAGUUUCUCACAGGCACCGGGUAACCACGCACCAAAUAUUCCAACCAUUGACUGCUACGGCUUUCAUGAAACAAUCCUUCCCGCCCAUCUCCACACCACACUUCGUCGUCCAGCGGCAUUAUGCCACCCAAAUGCCAUUGCAGCGACCGAGAUUGCGUUUGGCCACCUCGAGCGGCGGUGUGCGUUUUGCGGUGUCACCCGCACAAGAGAGAAAAUGGCAUUAUGUGGACAGUGCAAGUGUGUUCGGUAUUGUUCAAAAGAAUGUCAAAAGAACCAUUGGAAGAGUGAUCAUCGACGGUGGUGUGCAGAAGCUGCUGUGUUGGGUGAUGGAAAUAAGGUGGAAAGCAGUGUGGCUUCAAAUACGCAGGCUGUGCCAAAGCAGGACGCUCAGACGGCUGAAGAUGCAGCUCUGGAUGAGAUUGCGAGGUUGCUUGAUGCGGAUUUGGACUUGCCAGAGAGACCGUUUGAGGGGGCCGAUCUUGGAGGCAUUGACAUGCAGCCGGGACUUCCUCCAAGUGCGUUCGACUCUUCCACCCCUGUUCCACCUCCCGCUGUCGUUCACGCACCUCUUGCUCAACCUUCACCGCAAUCUGCACCGCAAACAGCACCGCAAACAGCACCGCAAACAGCAUCGCAAACAGCAUCGCAAACAGCACCACAAACAGCCCCGCAACCCACACCUCCACCGUCAAACCACCGUCCAACACCGUCCAACCGUCCCACCAACCUCCUACCUGGCGUUCCCCUCUUCAUUCCCAAAGACCCAGCAAACCCCAACGCUUUCGUCACCCUAGACCAAAUCCGCGAGCAUUUCAAUAGACAGUACGCUGAUCAUGUCUCGAUUGAUAAUAUACCUCCAACUACCAAAUGGGACGAUUUGUGGGAUGUCAUGUCGCGUGAGGGCGAUAUCAAGUUUAUGAAGUACGAAGAGGGAGAGACAUCUGCAUCCGUCCAGUACGACGACGAAGCUAGUGCCAAAGCCCUCAUCGGCAAACCCCUCAAGCUGGGAAAUACCACCAUCAUUCCUCGGGGUGCAGGCGACACUAAACUUGAAUUCCGCAAAUCCCUUCCAAAACCCCUCAUAUCAGCCAAAGAUUUCUUACAGAGUUCCUUUGCGCCGCCUGCUUUGCCUGCUAAAAAAGCGGGAGGGAUACGGAUGCCGGAAAAGAAUCGCAAAGCUGCUGCGACCAAGGUGGCUGCAAAGACGACUGUCAAAAAGUGAACGUCGUGCACACUCUGCUGUGUUGUCAGUAGGACUAGAUCAGUAUGAGAAAAGAAACAGAUAAUGAUUACACUGUAGAAAUCGCUGAGGUCUGUUACAGGUUGAACACGCAGAGUAAUACUGUUUGGGGGCAAAAAAAAACCAAUCGUGUCAUAUGCA